CAGAUCCUUGCAUUGCGGUUACUUGUGUUCAUUGUUUGGCGGGAUGCAAUUAUUCAUGGCUGUUAACCCCUGUCCUCGGCACGUCAUGGCUCCCCCUCUGGGUCAUGUAGCGGAUCAGAGGCAAGAAGAUGCCCCUUCCUAGCCAGCUUCAAGAUCGAUUGUGGGCACUGUUCGGAAAGGUAAGCAUCUUGCUAUUGAGGAGGGUCAGGGCAAUUGACUUCCUAUGCCUAAAAGGUCAAUAACAGCAUGGGUGCCAUGCUCUGUGUGGCCAUUGGUACCAGGGGAGGUUCGUCAAGCCAAGUCUGACGUUGUGUCAUCUCGGGCUAAAGAGGGCCCAGGUAGGAGUUCGCCAUGGGCGUGUCCUGAGGAGUUCAUACAGGAUCCUCUAGCCUCAACCCCUGAGAUAAGGGAGGUUUUUGAUAUAGAGUCACUACAGUUUGCAGUGCCGGUUCCUUCUUCCAAGGUUGUCUUUGUUCCAGUCAUCGGUGGGCGAGUGAAGAAGAUGGCUCCCCGUCAACGUAGGAGGGAGCCUGGGGAUGUUGAUUUGCAAGUAGAGGCUGAUGAUGCUCAACCCAGAGUUGAAACUCCACUAGUCCCAUAUAAGGAACUUGUGGGUGAAAAGGGAGUUUGCAAUUUCAACCUCUUUGGCGUUCCAGUUUUCCCUAUUAUUAGACGAUUAGUUAAAGAUUUGCAAUCGUUGCAGCCCCCUAUCGAGGGGCAGGGAGCCCAUGGGUAGUGUUCCAGUGACUUGGGGUACGUGAGGCUUGAUGGAAAGGAGAAUAUUGGUGACUUUGCUCAUGUCCGUUAUAUGCAAGAAGAGAAAGAAACUCUUGUGCGUCUGUAGGAGCAGCCCCCCAAUAAUCCGAUGGGUCAAACCGGAGUUGGUCAAGAAGAUCAGCUGGCGGUUAAGAUGCCAAAGCAUCCCCCUAGAGUUUGGAGAGCAUUACUUUUAGUGCCGAGGAGCCGGUCCCUGUAUUAGGGCAGUCCGUUAAGGAAGAGCUGCUACAGAGAUCAACUAUCAUGUCGCCUGAGCAAGUGCACGAGGCUACAACAACAGACUUUCUUCAUGAAGAGAAUCACCUACUGGCAAUGUGGAGUUUGAAGUUUGCGGAGACGUAGUGGCCGUGGACUUGGGGACUCAGCCUAAAAGCAAUCCUAUGGGUUUUGAAGCAUCAUCACUGCUUGUGGCUCUGUCACCUAACGAGGAGCUUGCAUUGGUACGACGAGAACUCAAAGAGUACUGUGAAAAGCAUGAGGUCGUGCCUCUCAGCUAUGCUGUCGUAGAUCCAAUCACUAUUUAGGGUCUUUGCAGACACGAGAAAUAUUUUGUAUCAAGUUCUGUGUUGAAGACCGUGGCUUAGAUCACACAAAAAGGCUAGUUGCCACCUGGUGACAUCCCUCCGGUAGUUAUAAGGACAUCAUUGAACACAAUAGCAGCGGUGAUGAAUUGCAUUAUGGACCAAUCCAUAUAUGAGCUUUCAUGGUCUGAGUUUGCCUGUUGGUUGAGGACUUGUGAGUCAUUUUCCACUCUGGGUUUCAAGAUGGAUCAUAUCAAGGAGCGGGUUGUUCUUCUUGCCAAUGUGUUUUGGAAGGCUGGUUACAAAGAGCCUCAACCCUCAAACACUCAAUCUUUAAAAGAGGUUCGCUAGUGCCUCAAGGUAGUUGAAUCGAAUCUUUUGAAUGCCACAGAAAAGUUAGUCUCCCUCCUCGAUGAGUGCGCUCGCCAACGUAAGAUAGUGUCGCAAUAUGAGGCAGAGUAGAAGGAAUUGUUAGAGGUUGAAACACAAUGGCAGGGUUUGGCAAAGAUCGCUCGUAUGAGGAGUGAAUGCUAUGCAGCCUGAGAUGUAUAUGAACUUUAUGUCAUGUAAAAU